ACCGCGUGUGCGACUUCGCUCCCUCGAUUUCGCAUUGUUAUUCCCCAGCGGCCCAUUGGUUCACGAUCUCAGCCCACCGCCUCUACGCGUACGGACCGAUCCGGGUGCGCGAAUCGCGCCGAUCCGCCGCGGAGACCGUGACACUUGGCGCGAGUAAACGCGCCGAGCCUGUGAUCCACCGCGAUCGAGAGCGGUUGCCGCGUCGAUCCUCGAUCACGUGCGACGCCCGGCGACGCUGGCACCACGAAGAGUGGAUCCAGGGUAGAUAGAUCGGCAGGAAGAUCCUCGGUAUGAGGACCGUCCCGGUGACUAAGAGGACGCUGCGCUCGAGCCUGGUUCGAUGCAAGGUCGGCCAACGAUCCUGAAGGCGAUCGGAUGUCUGGCGAGGCGCUACCGUCGAGGAUAGCAGACAGCCGCGGCUGUCACCGUGCGAGGAUCCAAGUGAUCCACCGUUUUCUGAUCGGACGAUUGCCCCGAGCUUCCAUGAAGGCACCGUACCGCAGCGACCAUGAAGACUGAUUGCCUGCCAAUAAUUGCUAAGUUCUGUGCACUGCUGUCGCUGAUCGGUCCGCCGCGCGAUGUUCGAGCACUCGAUAUACAAUCGUGCAACCAAUCCUUGGGGAUGGAGUCCGGUGGCAUACCGGAUUCAGCCAUUACAGCGUCCUCCUCGUAUGUGACGAACGUCGGUCCACGGAAUGGCCGGCUGCGGAAGGAGACAGCCGGCGGUGCUUGGUGUCCGAAGAACCAAAUAGAACGCGGGAUUCGCGAGUGGCUCCAAGUGGAUCUUCCAGGGACCCACGUGAUCACCGGUGUACAGAGUCAGGGUCGUUACGAUCACGGCCGUGGCCAGGAAUACGUCGAGGAGUAUACCCUCGAGUAUCGGCGUCCCGGGUUCACCGAGUGGCGGCGAUAUAAACGCUGGGAUAACAAGGAGGUCCUGGCCGGGAACAGCGACACAUCCACCAUAGUGUCGCAUCGAUUAAUCCCGCCGAUAUUCGCCAGCCAGAUCCGUGUAUUGCCGCACUCCGAGCACAGGCGCACCGUUUGCCUUCGAAUCGAGCUGAGAGGCUGCCAGGACACGGGUGGUGUCGUCAGUUACACCAUACCGGAGUCCCCGACGGCGGAGCUCAGCGACGUCUCCUACGACGGCAAAAGGCAGGACAACUUGUUGACCGAUGGCCUGGGCCAGCUAAUCGAUGGCGAGGUCGGCGCGGAUAAUUACAGGCUGGACAUGGGAGAUGGAAGAGGUACAGGCUGGGUCGGCUGGAUGCGCGACAUCUUCGAGGACGGCUACAUCGAGCUGGUGUUCGAGUUCGAGGUAACCUGGAUCUUCGAGGAGGUGCACAUUUACACCAAUAACUACUUCUCCCGCGAUGUCCAGGUAUUCUCGAAAGCAGACGUCUGGUUCAGCCCGGACGGCGAGAGCUACGAAGAGGAGCCACUGUCUUACUCCUACAUACCGGAUAUCGUGCUGGAGAACGCGCGGAACGUGUCGAUAGGUCUGCACGAGCGCCGCGGGAAGCUCCUGAAGAUACACCUGUAUUUCGCCGCCCGAUGGAUCAUAAUCAGCGAAGUGACGUUCGACGGAACCAAUCCCUAUGAAAAUGUCACCGAAGAGUCGGCGUCCGAGUUCAGCAACCGAGAAAUUCCAAUGAACCCCGAGGUGGAUCCCAACUUGCAAACAAUUACAGCUGCGGGAGAGGGUCAGGAAUAUUUAGAGGUACUAAUAGGUGUUCUGACUGCCAUUAUCCUACUUCUUCUGCUGGUGUUCGUCAUUAUUCUACUUCUGAAUCGACGGCAAAAACUUCAGAGCUCGCCGACCGUGUUGAAAAAUCCAUUUGGAUUCGCCAUAAACAUGAAGGGUCUCCUCUUAAAUUUAACUCCUGGAGGGAUGCUGGCAGAAACUGCCAAUCACGUUUCCCCGGACAUGCCGGAGGACGGGAGCAUGCACGAGUCAUUAACAAUGGAACAAUUCAAUUCGCCCCUCGUCAGUCCUCAAUAUAAAUCUACGUACGCGAUAGUGGCUACUUCCGAAGAAUCCCCGAAAGACCUGAAGGACGUGGCGGUGUCGGAGGAGAGCGUUCGGCUCGAUACAAGACCGGAAUCGACAGCGGGUCCGCCUAGUUGCUCGUCGUCCCCGACAAACUCCCCCGCGCGUCACUCCCAAUACUACAGGACCCUUCAAAGUUACACCAGUCCAACUGCGAAACUCAAUAUAGCGGCCACGUCUAAUCACCAACGGGACGUCGAUCAAAUCCACUCGAAGCGUUGGCAUACGGCGCCUAAAGAAAAACACAAGAUACCGGCGCCGGUGGUUAGUUGGAAUAUCGCGCCCAGCAUGAACAAGCCGUACAAGUGCAAGGAAAUAGAGCCCACCAAUAUACCGCGACAGUGCCUACGUACAACAGAGAAACUUGGCUCGAGGAAUAUCGGCGAGGCGAUAGUUUGCGAAUCAGUUGGGCUGGAGGAAGUGGUACCGAAUUCACCGAGAUUGGUAGUGGCUCGCGUGCCGGCAUGCAACGGUGACAUUCGAGCUGGUAGUACGACGAAUCAAAUCCGAGAAGUCCGAUUUCUGUCCUGUCUGUCCGAUCCGAACGUGGCUCGGAUCCUAGGAGUGUGCUCGGUAGAUCCAGUACCGUGGACCAUCAUCGAGUACACGGAACUCGGUGAUCUCGCCCAUUAUCUUCAGUACAGUGUGCCACUUACGGGAACGCUUAGGCCGAGCUGCAAUUUGAAGGCCCUUAGUCAAGGCUGCCUGUUGUACAUGGGAGCGCAGAUAGCAUCGGGCAUGAGGUUUCUCGAGUCGAAGAAUCUGGUGCACAAGGACCUGGCAGCCAGAAACUGUCUAGUGGGCCGAUCUUAUACCGUGAAAGUGACCGACAUAGCGAUGUGCAGUGACCUUUACAAGAAGGAUUACAGUGACAUAGGCGGCAGACCGCCGGCGCCAAUCAGAUGGCUGCCGUGGGAAAGCAUUCUGCUGGAUAGGUACACUUGUUCGAGCAGCGUUUGGUCCUUCGCCGUCACUCUCUGGGAGGUGAUGAGCUUGGCCAGGGAGAAGCCUUUCCAACAUCUAACCAACGAUCAAGUCAUACAAAACGCCGAGCAUAUGUACUAUGGAGCCGAGCUGCAGGUGUAUCUACCGAGACCGACGAUGUGUCCGGACGAGGUCUACAGGAUGAUGUGUUCAUGCUGGCGGAGGGACGAGACCUCGAGGCCGACGUUCAAAGACAUUUACACGUUCCUGAAAAACCUGAUCGAGGACUACCGGCCCGGUGCAUAAUAAUCCCGGUUAACUGUGAUACCGAAAAGCGGACGGAGAAUCUUCUUUCCGAGCGUCGACCUGGUCGAUCUCUCGUGCUCGGACUCUUCAGAAGUGUACAAUCGUUAGUUUUUAGUGCAUGCGUUGGAAACGGGCCGCGAGGUGAACUCUAUCCCACUAGCUUUCAAGCAGAAACAAACCCUUGUCAGACCUCUCUCGUUCACGGUGACGGGUUCAACACGGGUCUCGGAUUCUGUUGUCGUCCAGGAAACGCAGGAAACAAAGACGAUCACGAUGACGGCAUCUUCGCCCGGCAGCUCGAUGAAAGACACCGCCUCCGAUAAUUUUCUAGUCAGCUCGGUCCUUCGAUUCCUACGACAAAAAUUGGUACCGUGUACAGUAAUCCCUGGACACUGACGACGCGAGUACGCUGCGACAAUGCUGAGCACUGAUAAGUCUAUCCACUUGUACAUACGAAUCUAGAUAUCGGCGCUAGACGACACACGACGGGAGGUUCUCGCGGUAGCUGGUGCCUUUGUAGACCGCUUUUAUAAUAAUAAUAACCGUCUUCACGUU